AUGUCACUAAAGCUCAUCUGCUUCUUCCUCUGCACCCUGAUUGCAUCAAAUCUCACAGGUGAAAAAGCUUUGCUGACAGCACCGCAGAACAUCUCCAUUCUUUCCACCAACAUGAAACACUUCUUAACUUGGAGUCCUGUGAUCAUCCAGGGAGAAACUGUGAGAUACUCAGUUGAGUUUCAGGGGGAGUACGAGCGAGUGUACGCCAACGAGAGCUGGAUCCCCAUCUCCGAGUGCUCCCUCAUCACAGCCACGCUGUGUAACAUCACAGAGGACAUCUCAGCCACCGUGGCCUAUAACCUGAGGGUGAGGGCAGCUCUUGGUGCCAGGAGGUCAGAGUGGGGCACCCUGAAAGGCUUCUUCAAUCGCAACACCACUUCCCUGACCCCCCCUGUGAUGAAGGUCAUAGCAGAUGGGUAUCACUUACUAGUGGAGCUGGAAGAGAUGGGGCCUGCCUUUCAGUUCUGUGUUCUCUACUGGAAGAAGGGCCAGGAGAGGAGGAUGCAGCAGAAGCUGGUGAAAGAAGUCAGUUCUGUGGUUCACCUGGACACCAUGGAGGCAGGAGCUGAGUACUGUGUGAAGGCUCAGUCGUAUGUUGAGGCCAUCAACAGGAGCAGCAGCUUCAGCCAGACCCAGUGUGUGAGAGCCCAGGGUGACACAUCCAUGUGGCUGGUUACUGCCCUCAUCUCCUCUGCUGGCUUUGCUGUGGCUGCUUUAACCCUGUCUUUCCUCACCUGGAAAACAAGUAAAAUCUUUCAGUACUCCUGCUGCCCCGUUGCUGUCCUGCCAGACACACUGAAAGUAUCAGAGCCCUCCAGCCAGCUGAUACUGUGUGGCAGUGAAGGAGCUGAGCAGUGUGAUCUGAUGGUGGUUGUGAUGCCCUCUGAAGAAGUUCUCCGACUGUGGCUACAAGAAACACUUUAGAGCAGCCCAGAAAACAAACAGCCUCUUUGUAGCA